AUGAUUUAUAAAACAAAUGAUCUUAGUGACACACUUAGCAAAAGAGACAAAUCAAUGAGUGUAAAUUUAAAUGGUGAAGAAAAGGAGGAACUUUUUUUAAAUAGAAUAAUAAAAUAUCCAACAAAUAAAACCCGUAUUUAUAAAAAUAAUAAAUAUAAUAUAUCUAAACAGGAUUAUGAAGACAAAUUAAGUAUUGAAAAAAUAAUUUUUAAAAGUUCAACUUUAGGCUAUAUAGAAUUACAAUAUAUUUUAACUACAUUUAUAAAUUAUGAAAAAAAUGAAUUAACCAAUGAAGAUAUUAUUAUUUUAAAUAAUUUUCUCAACUUAUCAGAAAAAGAAAUUCUCGAUUAUUUAUGUGCAAAUGAAUUAUUGCCAGAUUGUUACAAGGAUGCAAAAAUUAUAAGAAAAUUGUUAAUGUUUAUAAAUACUAAUCAUCCUUCUUUAAAUUGA